AAUUUAAUUAAAAUGGGUCCAAACGUCACCCUCCACUUAGAUACACUCUGUAUAUUCCGGCUAAAAUGCGCGCCGUUCGUUUUUCCAAAGCACCGAAGCCCUGAAUCUCAAUUCUUCCCACGCCGACGGUGAAGAUUCGGUCUCACACGGGGUUUCAAUCAGAUUGAGGAUUCUUCGCUAUGCUGGACGACGACGACGAUGACAAUUUCGGCGACUUCAAUUUCGGUUCCAACCAUCCCGAUCCCAUCAACAACCGGACUUCCUCCACCACCAUCGAUGACGACGAUUGGGGCGAUUUCGUCGACCAUUCUUCUCAGAUCGGUGACCAUUUUGAUCUCUCCCGUCCUCAGCCUUCUCCCAAUUCUAACCUCUCCGACACGUCCCCGGCCAUUCAGUGGGCGAAGCCUCAGGGGGCUAUCCCGCUUUCCAUUUUUGGCGAGGAGGAAGAGAAGGAGGAAAUGGGAUCUGAUGUAGUUGGUUCUAGUGUUGGGUUUGGGGAAAUCUCGUUUGUUGGGAAAGAGAGUGGUUCGGCUAAGAAGGGAGGGAGUUUGGGUGUUGGGGUUGGGAUUGAUGAUUUGAUUUCUAAUUUGUAUGGUCCGAAUCACCAGAUCAAAGCUGGAAGUCCGUUGAAAUCGAGCAUGGCAUUCGAUCCUUUGAACUUCAAUAAUUCGUUGGAUUUGAAAUCUAUUGACUCCAAUUUUAAUGUCAAUGGUGUUCAUUCUUAUGGGAGCCAGACUAAUUUUGAUGGCGAUGCUUUAAAUUUUGAAGCUAAUGGAGUGAUGUCUAAUGGGUUUCAGUCUGAGUUGAAAAACGUCGGUGAGAGCAUUGAGGAGGAUGACGAGGAGGUGGACGAUUUUGAUGGCUGGGAAUUUAAGGCUGCAGAGUCGGUUACGCCUACGGGUGAUUAUCAGAACUCAAAGGAAGAAUUGGUUUUUGAACCAUUUCGUCUGAAGAUGGAGCCUAUAAUGCAAAUUGAAGGUGCAAUUCAGGUUGACAGAUCAAUCCAAGAAGGUUUUGAUGGAGUGGGAAAGGCAUUUGAAUCGACAAUCAAUGGACAUAACCAUGGAGAUUCGGUUGUUCAAUCAAAUGGAGCUGUUAACAACAUAGAUGAAAGGGACUUUGGUUUUAGUCUUGAUGCAAUUCCUGUGGCCCAGAAUGGCGUCUUACCAAACUCGCACAAUAAAAAUGGUCAAAAUGAUCUAGAUAAUGGUUUAAACCCUUCUCCUAUUGAACGGGAUGUCAAUGAUGUUGGGCAUGUGUGGGAUUUCAAGGAUACUUUUUCUGAUGCACCAGACUAUAAGUUGGAAGAGUCGGAGUCUGCCAUCUUUACUCCUAAUGGUGUAGAGGUGCUUGUUCUGAACGGCAGUGUCGAUGUUUCUUUGUUUGCUUCUGAUGGGAUUUCUCACAAAUCUGGUGAACAACAAAAUUUUGACUCAAGUUUUAAUCUGAAUUGGGGAAAAGAAGACGGGAAGUCUUUUAAUGGAAACCAGGGCGACAACUUCCAUGCUACUGGGAAAGAUUUAAACACUUCUCUAGUUAAUGAGAAUGAUGAUUUCAAUGAGAAUAUUUGGGAUUUCAAGUCUGCACUUUCAGAUUCUGGAUCAAACAAUAAGGUAGAGCGAGUUGAAUUUGCUACUGGUUUUGAAGCACCUGCUUUUGGUUUCAGUAAUGGUAUUCAGAAGAAUUCGGAAUUAUUGUCAAGUCACCAUAAAGCCCUGCCCUUGUCAAUUUUUGGAGAUGAGGAGCUGGAAACUACUGAUGAUUUCUCAAUGAAUCAAGAUGCUUCUACCUUUGUAUCUGUCACCCGUGAAGGACUUGAUAACAAGAAUCCUGGUCCUACUGUUUCUAUUAAUGACUUGAUAUCAAGUCUGUACAGUCAAGCCGAGAACAAUGGUUCCAUCAAGUCUUCCCCAGAAGAAAAUGAAAAUGGAAUAAUUUCAUCACCAAGGAUGUCACACUCCGAUUUUGGCAAUGAUGAUGAUGAUGAUUCCUGGGAGUUCAAAGAUGCAUCACCAGAUGUUAACAUUCUAGAUCAAACAUACGCUACUACUCUCGGAGAUGUACCCCGGCGAUCAUCUACUAAACUUAAGUUUGAUUGUUACGUUGAUUUUUAUCACAAAUUAAAUCUUGUUUUGAACCAUGUUGUCCAUGGCCUUCUUGAAAAUUUAAAGAAAGCCCAAAGUAAUGCAUGUCUUUCUGGUGAAGAAGCAGAAGUCAGAACCAUUUGUGAAGAAAUUCAGAUUUUCAGUGCCGAAUUAUCACAAGAGAACAUUGCAGCUGAUAGCUUCUCAUCAGAUAUUUUCCUUCCAGAAAAUAAUACUUUCAGUGAGCUUCUUGAGAUGUUGCGGGAUCCAAGGUUUCAAAUUCUUGAUGAAGAAUUCCAGUUAUCUGAAAGGUUACUAUUGGCAGAAAAUGAUUUGAGAUCAGCAGUUGAGCUCUUGAAACACGUUGUGUCAACUCUGAAGAUUCUUAAACUCGGAUCAGUGGAGGAGCAAUCUAAUUAUGUGUCCAUAUGGAACGAAAUUAUAUUUAUUUGCUUUCAAGAAUUGAAACAUGGUGCUUUGAUUUGGAAGGAAUCUAUACAGAGAAAUGUUGGAAGUUACAUAUUAUCUGAACCUCAAGGAAAACAAUAUAUCUGUGCCCUCGGAGAGAUUUAUAGGGUAGCUCAAGUGCUUAGAGCUUCAUUUGUACUUUACAAGCCAUGGGUACUGUUAGGUCAGGUUGAUCCCAGUGGCUUGAUUUCUCUUGUGAAUGAAUGCUCCAAUAUUUGGUUGAGUUCGGGACUUGUUGGAGCUCUCUGCAAGAUAGAUGGUCCUAUUGAUUGCAAAGCAUUAUUGGAUUCGAUCAAUGCUAUUGAUAAUCUUGAUGAAUGGGGUUUGAGAAAGCAUGUUCUCUUCAGACAACAACCUAUUUGUAAUCUAUCACUCUUGAGUGCUGAAUCAAUUCCAGGUAUGGAUUUGGUGGUCUGGAAUGGGGAGAACUACUUUUUGAAGCUCGCAAACUUAUGGGCAAACCUAAUAGGUCGUGAUCCUCCAAUCAUUCAGCACUCGAGUAAUAGGUGAUAAGAGGAUCCAGCCAUAUUGUUUUGUAUAAUAGUCCAUGGAUGAUGUGGCUGUUGCUAUUUUCUCCAAACGAGGUUUCAUCACCUUUCGUCCCCGCUGCUCAUUCGUGUCAAUGUUGUAAUAGGAAAUGCUAGAUGAUUACGCUCCUUGAGAUGAAAUUAAGAAAGGAGAACACUUUCCAGGUUUACAAGAAGACCAAAUAAAUCCAAUCUAAGUCUCUUGGGAUCCACAUUCCUACCCAUACUCGGCCAUUCUUUAGAAGAACUACUACUACUGUGUAGCAACUCGACGAUGUUUCAUAUCUGUAUCAUAGUAUAAUUUAUGCAGCCCAGAAUUGGAUGGAUUCAGAACACCACAUACAUAGAGAGAAUUUCGUCAUGUUGGAGAUCAUUUUUGUUACCCACAUAUAUAUUCUUUUCCUUUUUAAUCCUUUUGGUUCUUGUUUAAAUAUUGUAUUUCUAGUUCCUAAUCCCAGAAUCAGAACAAGAUCUGUUUAUCAGAGAUGAACUUUGUAAAAUGUAUAUAUAGGUUGUCCUUUUCCAGAAUCACUGUUGUACUUAUAAUAUGAAUGUAAUUGAUUUCAUUUUUCCCAUUGUUUUUA